AAAUAAAACACCGUGAAUAAAAAUUCAACUUUUGUUGUUUAGGAAAAAGAUAAAAUCAUCGUUCUUGAUUGAAUUUCCUUUAUUAUUGGGUUAAAUAUAAAGAUCAUUACCCUUGUUCUACAUUUCUUAAUUUCUAUCCCCUUUAUCUUUUCAUUUAUUUCACAUUUAUUGUUGAGAUUUAAUUAAUAAUUCAUUUAAUAUCAUAUUUAAGUUUACAACCUUAACCUUGACCUUUCUUCACAAUUAUCUAAUCUUCCAUCUUCCUUCUAAAAUAUAAUAAUCAGGGCAACUUUCCCCUAUUUUGAAGGGGGGAAGAAAGAUUUGUUUUUCUUCUAAAAGUUAUGAUGUUAUAAUUAGAGAGAAUUUGUUAGAUGUCAGACAUGGCUGCGAAGAAUAUUGCUGUAUUUUCUGAAAUAAAAGGUCGAAGAUCAUGGGUUUGCAGUGUUUUUCAAGCAGUUUUUGUUGUAAUCUUAAUCUACUUGAUAGGAAGUGUUUUCAUUUUACCAGUUUACAGACAGGAAACUCCAAAGUUGGAAUUAGCUGAACACAUGGAUCUAUUAUUGGGCAAUAGUUGUGAGAACCAUUGUAGACCUCUUGGAAGUGAAUCGCUACCUCAAGCUAUAGUCGCAAAGAAUUCUAACUUGGAAAUGCGACCACUAUGGGGCUUACCAACGAAAAGUAACUCCUCGAAGAAUUUGCUGGCAAUGUCUGUCGGGAUAAAGCAAAAAAAGCUAGUUAAUGAAAUGGUUAGCAAGUUUCUCUCAAAUGGUUUUUCCGUUAUGCUUUUCCAUUAUGAUGGUAAUGUUAAUGAAUGGAACGAGUUUAGUUGGAAUGAACGGGUCAUACAUAUAUCUGCAAUCAAUCAAACCAAAUGGUGGUUUGCAAAGCGGUUCAUGCACCCAGAUAUAGUUGCUGCCUAUGAAUAUGUUUUUCUCUGGGAUGAAGAUCUUGGAGUAGAAAAUUUUAAUCCUUUACGGUAUCUGUCUAUUGUUAAAGAGGAGGGGCUUCAAAUCUCCCAGCCUGCACUUGAUGGAAACAAAUCAGAGGUGCAUCACCAGAUUACAGCCCGUGGCAGGAGAGGAAGAAUUCACAGGAGAACAUACAAGCAUGGUGAGUGUGAUGAAGACAGUAAAGCUCCUCCAUGUACAGGAUGGAUAGAAGUCAUGGCUCCGGUGUUCUCACGGCCAGCAUGGCGUUGUGUAUGGUACAUGAUUCAGAAUGACUGUAUUCAUGCUUGGGGUCUUGACAUGUACCUUGGAUAUUGUGCACAGGGUGAUCGGAUGCAAAAUAUUGGGGUUGUAGAUGCCGAGUAUGUGAUCCAUUACGGCCUACCUACACUAGGAGAACCGGCAGGAAAGAAGUUGAGCCAUCAUGAACUUGACAAACGGAUCGAAGUGAGGAAACAGUCUUACAACGAGUACAAGGUAUUCAGAAGACGAUGGGACAAAGCUGCUGCGACGGAUGAAUGCUGGAAGAAUCCAUACCCGGAGGCCUUGUAUCGGAUCUUACCAUAUUAGAUGCAGAAUAAGAAAAGGUUUAUACACACAGACUGAAGGACAUAUACAACAAUGAAGUAUGGUAAAUACAUAUAUAUGGCUGAUCUGGAAGAUACUGGAAGUGGAAACACAUUUUUGUACAGAGGAGUUGUAUACUGCUAUUCACAUUAUUCUAUUCUUAUGAGUAUUCUUUGCAACUUGGCUAGAACUAGAUUUGAAUUAUACUGCUACACGAGGCCCAUAUUUCUUAUAUCUUAUGUAUACAACUAUACAUCAUAUUAUAUGAUUCUAAAACUACAAUGAUAAUAUUUUUUCAACCUUUUUGAUGGUAGAAAA